AGGAGGGAGAGAAAGAGAGAGAGAACUCCGCAAGCAUGCAGAUGGUGGCCUUCAGCAGCUUCCUGCUCCCCCCGCUGCCCAGCCCCGCCCCGGCCGCCGCCUCCGCCUCCGCCUCCGCCUCCACCUCGUACCCAGUGGCCGCGCACCGCAGCCGCCGCCCGCGGAGACCUCGCUGCCGCUGCGGCCGCUCGCCGGAGGUAACCCCCGCCGCCGCCACCAGCAGAGGUUCCGGCGACCGCGGCUCGUGCGAAGAGGAGGACGCCCCCGCCCCGCCUCCCCUCCCCGUCGAAAUCGUCGGCGGCGCCGCCCCAUCCGCGGACAGCCUAACCGGAAAUGCGUCACCAAGAUAUCAGCCAACUUCAACUGAAAGGGACAGCGGGAAUGGAGAUUUGGGGAGAUGGCAAAAGAAUCAAGGCAGAACCGAUGGUUUAUCCGGUAGCAAGUCCAUGUCAGGUUAUUCCAAAGCAUUUGGGGUGGAUUUGUCCCCCGAUAACGUGGCUGUUGCCACUGUUUAUUUUGUGCAAGGAGUUCUGGGUCUUUCCAGACUUGCUGUCAGCUUUUACUUGAAAGAUGAUCUUCAGCUUGAUCCAGCAGAGACUGCAGUUAUAACUGGUUUCUCAGCCUUGCCGUGGUUGGUCAAGCCCCUUUAUGGUUUUAUCAGUGAUUCCGUCCCUCUCUUUGGAUAUCGUAGAAGGUCGUACCUCAUUCUAUCAGGACUCCUUGGAGCAAUUUCUUGGAGUUUGAUGGCAACAAUUGUGGAUGAUAAGUACAGUGCAGCGCUCUCUAUUAUUCUUGGAUCUCUUGCAGUUGCCUUCUCUGAUGUUGUUGUUGAUUCUAUGGUUGUUGAGAGAGCUCGAGGUGAGUCACAGAGCACAUCUGGAUCUCUCCAGUCACUAUGUUGGGGAUCCUCAGCCUUUGGGGCAAUUGUGAGCGCAUACUUCAGUGGUUCUCUAGUGGAUACUUAUGGUGUAAGAUUUGUCUUUGGUGUUACGGCAUUUUUACCCCUGAUGACAUCUGCAGUUGCAGUUCUUGUAAAUGAACAGCGUUCGCAUUCUGAGGAACAUUCCAUCUCACUUUCAAGUUCAGGAUUGAUUGAAAGCUCUAAGCAGCAGAUCAGGCAGAUUUGGACUGCUGUAAAGCAACCGAACAUUUUCUUGCCUACUUUGUUCAUAUUCCUUUGGCAAGCAACACCACAGUCGGAUUCUGCCAUGUUUUAUUUCGUCACAAACAAGAUUGGAUUCACUCCAGAGUUUCUAGGGCGUGUCACACUCGUUACAUCUGUUGCAUCCUUGCUGGGCGUCGGAAUAUAUAAUUCGUUCCUGAAGGCAGUUCCACUGAGAAAAAUCUUUCUUGUGACAACAAUUUUAGGUUCUGCCCUUGGAAUGACACAGGUUCUGCUUGUCACUGGGCUCAGUAGGAAGCUGGGGAUAAGUGAUGAAUGGUUCUCCAUCGGGGAUUCCUUGAUCCUCACAGUCCUUGGUCAGGCUUCGUUCAUGCCCGUGUUGGUGUUGGCUGCGAGAUUGUGUCCUUUGGGAGUCGAAGCGACACUGUUCGCCACACUGAUGUCCAUUUCCAACGCGGGAAGUGUCGCCGGCGGUCUGGUGGGCGCGGGCCUAACUCAGUUUCUGGGUGUUACCAAGGACAACUUUGAAAAUCUGGCUCUGCUGAUCGUCAUCUGCAACCUCAGCUCUCUGCUGCCUCUGCCUCUCCUGGGCCUCCUUCCAGAUGGAUCACCGGAUGCCGAUAAUGGGCAAAGUAAAGUUGAUUGAAAUACUUGACCUUCUCUUACAGAUUAGACUCGGAGACGGUCAGAUCCUGGCGUGAACUCGAUCACCAGCAGGAGAUGAGAUGAAAACUACGGCUAACAUUGGGCAGUUGUUGGCUUGGUGCACGGUUGAGCAUUGAGAAGAGCGCCCCCAG